AACUAGUUAUUAUGCAAGUACCGUUCAGCCCACUUCUUGCGGAUAGGCAGGUUUCCUGCUUACGAAUCUAUUUACGUAUACAUACAUACCUACAUACCUUCGUUAUCCUCAACUCUCAACUUUUGCAAAACAAAAUUAUAUAUCAGACUUCAAAGUUGUUUAGUAACUACCUACCUAGGUAAAAAAAAUUUUUAUUAACCAACCAACUUCCGUACUUCUAUCGCCCCGGCGCUUAUUUAUUAAAACGAGGUCUUUAUAACUAGCUAGCAACAGGCGAAGCCAAAGGCAAAAAAAAAAAAGAAAAAAAAGAUGGCAACGACGAGAGUAAUGGCGGGGGCCACAGGCGGCCAGGAUGUGGGGUCUGCUGCUACGACUACGAAGCAUCGAGCCUGUGAUGAAUGCCGCAUCCGCAAGCUAGCGUGCACCAAAGAGCCGAACGGCUGCUCGCGCUGCCAGCGCGAAGGGAUCGCGUGUAUCUAUUCUGCGCAGAAGCCCAUGGGCCGGCCUCGGAAGAAACGAGUGAGAGAGGAAGAAGGAGCAACAACUCACUACCACUACGAUGACGAGGAUACGACGACGGUGAGCAAGAAUACGAUGCUGGAAAGGCCACCGGAUACGGAAGAGCUCGACUUGGCUGCUAUUAGCCUGUUGAUGGGGGAAGGAGGAAAUGGAAAUUACGGCGUGAUGGGCGAAAGCGGGUCAGCUGAGACGGAUUUCCCGUGGGGUUUGUACAACACGGUCGACGGACUCGGGGAUAUCGCCUUCGACGGCGGCGCGUCCUCCACGGAACACUUACCGUCGCUGGCGCAACAGUCGCACAUCGACCCAACCUGUUUCUUCCCGGGCUUUGAGGAGCAGCCGCCGCCGAGCGCAGACUUAUCGUCUCAUUCGCAUUCACCCAACACGACGACGCUCGAAAGCAGGGGAGAGAGAAGCGCAAGAAGCAGCAGUAGUAGUUUACCGGUACCGAUGUCGACGAAGGAACGCUGCGCAGCGCAUACAGCGGCGCUGUGUCUGGCGCUCGAGGCGAUGCAGAACAUGCCGACGGGGGAGAAUGAUGCGGACGUGGCGAAAGCUAUGGCGCACGCGCGCCGGGCGACAAGGGUCGCGUACGACGUCGUGUACUGCCCGGCGUGCUUCUCCAAGCUAGACGACCUACCAGGAGACGAAGACGUGCACUCGGAAGCGGCGGCGGCGGACGAGAUACGCGGGUUCCAGAACCUGAUGCUGCUGGCGACGCUGAUCCCGAGCAUCGCGCACGCGUACGAGCAGAUGUUAGUCGCGGCGGACGAGGCGGCAAGGCGGGCGACGGUGGAGAGGAGAAGGUUGGUAUUUAGCCUCGAUGGGUUCGGCGGGCUCAUGGUUAGAGAUGGCGGCAGGUGUAAGAACACGGAGCCCCUGAAUCAUCGCGAGAUGGAGCCGGCGAUGUGGCGGCUCACGGUGCGGGCCAUGCUCCGCUCAGACGUGUACGGGAUGACGACUUUGUCUUCUGGCUGCGGCAUCAGGGGUGGCGAAGAAAGAGGAGCUGCAGGACAACCCUAUUGCGACCACUUUGGCACUUCGUCUGCCGUACCGCCGCUGGUGCUAGGGCUCAAGGAUGUGGUGAGGCAGAUGGAGAUUCGUGUGCGUAUGCGACAUGCGUAUCUAAAUGCUAUAGCGAAGAGGAAGGGGGGACAGAGGUGUGGUGGAGGGCAGCAGGAUACUACGAGUAGGUGUGAGAAGAUUGUGGCGAUUGCGAAGGCGGCGAUUGAUGGGCUCGUUAUACCUUGAGCUUCGAUGAUGGUGAUGUCAGGUGAUGAUGAUGGCUUACGGUGCUUGGCCGGAGUGAUGCGAUUUGUUGAUAUGUACUGGUAUAAUUAGAACACGUACUGAGAUACCUAACCUUAGAGGUGUUAAGGCAAGGCAUAGGCUUAAGGAGACGUUUAGGUAGGGCGAGAACACUUCACUCCGUUAUUAAGGAUGGCUGAUUGGCGACACGUUGAUGUUGGCAUGAGAUGUCGGCAUUCAAGGCGCAACGGCGGCGAGAUGGAAAGUGUACUACAUAGUAGUAGUUAGGUAGGUAUGUAGUUAUAGUGGGAAAGGUUCAAAGCUCCAGGGCUGUUAGCUACUACCUAGGGUAGGUAUAUCUCGGCAUUGAAAUCCAGUACCCGUACCUGUCUAGUCUAGGCUAUCUAGUACCCAGAAGGUUAAACCUUACCUUACCUAUUCCACUCGUAUCCCGACCGCUGCCUAUGUGGUUAUAUUUAGCAUCACUCAUACCAGUCAGCGUUGAUACCGUGAAUAGUGUACAUGUCAGAUUAAGUCUGUUAUAAUCCUAAUAGUAUCAAUGACAACAAACAAUAUUUUUGGCUUGAUAGAUUUAUACUGUACGUAUAUACUCUUGUAGUGUCAAUACAAAUGACUGGUGAAAAGGUAGAUGUAUUAUACUUGUUUCAAUGUAAUUCAACACACAAAGAAAG